CGAAAGUUUUCAUAAAAAUUGCAAAAAUGUCAUCAUGUUUAUGAAAUGUUAGACUCUUAUAUACAUCCGUCUUUUUUGAAUAGAAAAAAGCAACAGCAUCACCAAAAACAAAAAUAUAUAUAAUAUAAUCCAUCACCAACAAUGAACAUGGAUACUGGGAGUGUUCAUGAGGAUUUCAUGAAAGGUCCUGAUAUGAAUAAUUUCUUUGAGCAGGAUGAUGAGCUGAUGAAUGAGAAAGAAAAUGAAGAGAAAGUGGUUGUCAAUCACAAGAAAUCUCUUGUGAGUCCAAAUGAUGAUGAAUAUGAUGUGUUAUUGAAACAGUUGAAAAUUCGUUUGGAAGAGAGCCAGGGUGAGACAAUCUACUCCAUUGGCUUGGGAGAGGGAGAGGUUGCAGGGCUUUCGAAAGCUGACCUCGAGGCCUCCAUUGCAACUCUAACCAGCAUGGCUGCCAGCCUGAAUGCUGAGUGUCUGCAGUUGAGACAUCGGACUGAAGAAGGGGGUGAGGUUGCUGAAUAUCUGGUCAGGGUCAGAGUUCAGGAAAAGGAUUUUAUGGAAGUUAGAGUAGCCGUAGUUGGAAACGUUGAUGCUGGCAAAAGUACCCUGCUUGGAGUGUUGACCCACGUUGAACUGGACAAUGGCAGAGGUCAUGCCCGUCAGAAACUCUUCAGACACAAGCAUGAGAUGGAGUCUGGUCGGACGAGCAGUGUCGGAAAUGACAUUCUUGGCUUUGAUUGUCAUGGAAAUGUUGUCAACCGACCAGAACAUGGAAGUCUAGAUUGGGUGAAAAUUUGUGAAAAAGCAUCUAAGAUCAUAACCUUCAUAGAUCUGGCUGGCCACGAGAGGUACCUCAAAACAACGGUCUUUGGGAUGACCGGUCAUGCCCCUGACUUCGGAAUGUUGAUGAUAGGAGCAAAUGCAGGCAUCAUAGGCAUGACGAAGGAGCACCUGGGUCUUGCGUUGGCACUGUGCGUUCCUGUUUUUGUGGUAGUCACCAAAAUCGACAUGUGCCCACCGAACAUUCUGCAGGAGACCCUGCAGAUGUUGCAUAAGGUACUGAAGUCACCAGGCUGUAGGAAGAUACCUGUACUCGUACAGAAUCAAGAUGAUGUCGUUGUCAGCGCUACCAAUUUUACUUCUGAAAGGAUGUGUCCAAUCUUCCAAGUGUCAAACGUGACGGGGGAGAACUUGAAUUUGUUGAAAAGUUUCCUCAACCUGCUGUCCACGCGAAUGCCAUGCCACUACAACGAUCCAGCUGAGUUCCAGAUUGAUGAAACCUUCGCUGUUCCCGGUGUAGGUACAGUGGUCUCAGGUACGACCCUGAGAGGCCACAUAAAGUUAGGAGACACAUUACUACUGGGUCCCGAUCCGAACGGAGGUUUCAUGUCCAUCGUUGUGAAGAGUAUCCACCGGAAGAGAAUGCCCGUGAAGGAGGUCAAAGGAGGUCAGACUGCCUCUUUUGCUCUUAAGAAGUUGAAGAGAUCGCAGAUACGAAAAGGUAUGGUGAUGGUAUCUCCAGCGUUGGAACCUCGUGCUUGCUGGGAAUUUGAAGGUGAGAUUCUUGUCCUCCACCAUCCGACAACGAUCAGUGUCAAGUAUCAAGCCAUGGUCCACGUGGGCAGUGUGAGGCAGACGGCAACGAUCCUGUCUAUGAGCAGAGAACAUUUGAGGACUGGAGACAAAGCCAUCGUCAGGUUCAGAUUCAUCAAGAACCCCGAGUACAUUCGCAUGGAUACCAGGUUGGUGUUCAGGGAAGGUAGAACGAAAGCUGUAGGAACCAUCACAAAACUCUUUCCCUACAUAUCAGCUGUGGCACAGAAUCUCAGACAGUCGAGACCACUCAAGAAAUCUCAGCAGCAAUUGAAGCCCGAUGCAGCAGCAUCUUCAUCAACUCUGGCCACUCCCAAUGCUUCAAAUGCGGCAGCUUCUUCAACGGCGAUAUCAGCAACAACUACAACUCCAGCAACUCAUCACAAUCCAACGUCAUCAACAACGACUACAAAAAGCACAGACAUGGAUUCGCCGACUCAUGAUGAAAUCAUGCAGAAUGCCGCCUACCAGUAUGGCAGCAACAGUCUGAACGAACCGAGCCAGCGGAACAAACGCAGACGUUACCACAACAGCGGCAAGCACCACACGACGUCCAGAAUGAAUCAUAGUGGUGGUGGUAAUGAAGUGGUUGCUUCUUCUACUGCUGCUGCUACUAGAGUUGAUGAUGCUAAGAUGGCAAAUAACAGUACUGUUGAACCUUGAAGGGUGGAUGGGUUGAUGAAUAAAUGAAUAAAUGGAUGGACGGAUGAAUUGGUUUAUUGAUGGAUGAAUAAAUGAAUGAAGAGAUUGAUUGAUGGAUGUUUGAUGUGGUGUUAAGAUGAUAGGUGGAUGGAUUCUGAGUGAAUAGUUUAGACUGUUUGUGUAUAAAAUAUAUGGAUGUUGGACUGAGUUGUGAGUUUGCUGUUGUUAUGAACCAGUUGGCUUGUUUGUUAUCGUAGUCUGUUCAUCUAUCUGACUGACAGUUUUUUUGUCUGCUUGUUUAAUCCGCAGUCAAUUACAAAAUUUUAAUUAUGGUUUUAUUCCCUUUAAAUAUUAUAUACAAAUGUCAUUUAUUAUAUAUAAACAUACAUACAUACAAAUAUGUGCCAUUUCUUAUAUACAAAAUUUUAGCAAAUUUCCAUUUAGCAGGUUGCACUUUAUUGUACAUAAUACUUUUACGGCAGUUUUUGUUUAAUUCCAUGUUCGGUGUUUUCUGAUUUGACUGUUCGUUGUACGUUGCCAUGAAAAUGUUCGUAAUUUUUUCAUAAUUCUAAAAAUUAGUUGUGGUCGUGCUGUUUGGGAGAAGAAAAUUAGAAUUAAAUAAAAACUGAAGUAACAAAUUGUU